AUGCAUCGUUUGAAGGAACAUCUAUUUCGGUGCCAUUUCCUAGGUUGUGAUAAGCGGACUCGGUGCGGCAGGUGCAAAUUGAUCUUCCCAGAAAGCGAAAUUCAGGAUCACUUGAUUUUGGAGGUGGCUUGUGAGCCCACGAGAGUUGCUGUCAACUAUGAGGAUGGUUUCGACACGAAUCAAAGCGACGCGUUGAAGUCUCUCAAGCCUAAGCAGUUCGAGACACCAGUCCAUCAGUGGCAGAAGACCUUUAACACAGUAUUUCCCGACUGGACAGCCGACUUGCCCAGCCCUUGUAAGCAGUUCUACCACGAGACAUCUGAAACCGAGUGUCGCAUCAGAGUUGCUCAGACACUACGUAGCGAAGAGUUCAGGCAGGAAGUCUGGAGGAAUCCUAGCGAUAUGGGCAGGGAGGUUUUCGAGGGAUUGGCCAACAUUCUCGAUCCCUCGCCAAGCACAGCGACGAGACCUGACAGCCAGUCAUUAAGCAUGCCCAACGAACUACCUAUGCGUCCUGCAAUAACACAGGAGAAUGAGCAAAUAGCAUUGAACCCUCCCUUGCGAAUAUCUUGCCGACUGAUCCACAGAGGGGGACUGCUGCUCCAGAAGCCCUGCCCGGGGUACCUGUGCUUGAUACACCAGCUCAGCGAUAUCGUCAAAUUCCCCCUGGCACUGGUUCAAUCAACAGCUUUGGUCCAGGCCAGGAAUCGAUGUAUGGAGAUGGCAAUGAUGCUUCCAUAA